UUAACGUUAACGCAGGAGGAGCACGCGCGCGAGGGUGAAUGAGUGACGCAGCACAGGAAACACCUCUCUGUGCCGCGAAGGGGGCAGGCGGUCCGUCGGCGCAGGGCAGACGCCUCUAAACGCUCAACUUGCACGCAGACGCAACUGUUCAACGUUCACCUCCCGAGCGAAGACCGAACCCGACCGCGCGCGCCAGCGAGGAAGUCUUUCCUCGCGAGAGAACAAACUCACUCCGGCGAGAAACCUCUUCCGUCUCCCGCGGCUCGGGACUCCUUCGCGCGGACAAACGAUGGCUCACGGCGCGCGAUUACCACUUAAAACGCCGGAGAGUUGCUCGCGGCGCGUUCGUUUAUUCUGAUAGGGAGGAAGAUGCUUAAAUCGUCUCCCGCACGCCUGGAAUUUUCUGCCGGGAACAGAAAGUGGGCGUUUUUCCACACCGAGGCACUGGAGGAUUCGUGCAACUUGCAGUUUCAAGUGAGGCAACAUGCAGUAAGUUCGUGAUUCGCUGUCGUCUUAACGAUAGAGGUCGAUAGAAUCAGUUGCCGUUUUGCAUGGAUUGAAGAUGAUGCGCCGGGAUUCGUAGGAACGCGUCGAUUCUGGGGUUGUUUCGAGAUACACGCAGGUCGAGAUGGCACAGGAGAACGCGCACGAUAACCGCAGUAUAGUGGUGAAGUACAUCCACCAUAAGCUCUGGAAGAAGGGGUACGUGUGGGAAGUGAACGGGCACGAUGACGGUGUCUCGAACGGACUGAUGGUGGGGAGGCAGGAGGACCGCGGCGGCUCGCGUCACGACCCGUUCAGCGCUCUCCACACGGUGCUGCGGGAGGCCGGGGACGAACUGGAGCGCCUGUAUCAGUCGGACUUUGCGGAGAUGUCCAAACAGCUGCAUCUCACGUCCAUCACGGCUCAUCAGCGCUUCACCGCGGUCAUAGACGAGCUGUUCAGGGACGGCGUGAACUGGGGCAGGAUCAUCGCUUUUUUCGAGUUUGGAGGGACCGUUUGCGUCGAAUGCGUGAAUAAGGAGAUGACCGCGCAGGUGGAUAACAUCGCGGGCUGGAUGACCGAGUAUCUGAACGGGCCGCUGCACGGCUGGAUCCAGGAGAACGGCGGUUGGGAGGCAUUUGUGGAGCUCUAUGGCAGGCAGAGGGACUCUGUGUUUCGCAGCUCGUGGUCAUCGAUAGUAACGGUGUUCGGUCUAGCUGCUCUCGGGGCCGUUAGCUUGACCAUAGGAGCCUACCUUGCUCAGAAAUGAGGAACCUUCCCCUUCUUCAUUCGCUCGCCCUCUCUCUCUCUCUCUCCGUCUGAACCCCCUCCUCUGCUUUCCCCAGAAGACAUCCUUGUCCCAGGACUGCUCCUCUUCAAAGCCUCUCUCUCCCACUCUCUACAAGGCUUUCUUCUCUGCCCUCAAACACAAAGACAGAAAAGACAGGAAAUGAAUGCGCUGCCGACAGAUCACGAGAGGAUGGAGGAGAAGAAGAAUAAUGAGGUGGAAGAGACACGGGCGGCAGUGUCAUCGGCAGAAUUAUUUCAGAUCUCAAAGUGAAACACUUUUGACAGUUUUGGUGUUCUUAUAUGUAAAAAUGAUGGGAAGAUACAAAGGACAAGACGGGUUUUGAAGGUCUGUGCCGACCGAAAGUACCUUCUGACGACACCAGCACUCUCCAAAUGUCCUUUAAGCGUCAAUUUGAUCUUAAGAGACAAUCUGCACUAAACUGCCAUUGUUGGUCUUAGUUGAUUUUGUAGGAUUAAUUGUAGCCUGGCUAACGUUUCUCGUGCUGCCAUCCUCGUAUCGUACAGUCAGAAAAAAAAAAAAACCAGAGGAAAAGAAAUGCAAAGGCAACAUCCCUCAAGCCACUGGAUUCUGAUGAAAUUUCAACAGAGGGGUGGUAGAUACAGGACGCAGAGGGAACAGUUGAAAAACCAAGGCUCUCUUUGUAGCAACUUUACUGAGGACUAAAGAAGUGAUUUGGGCCAGAAAGUAAACAGAAAGGACAGAAUGGGAAAGUAGCUUUCAGGCAUCGAAAAAGCCUUGGUUAGACACUUUAUCGACAUGUUCAACAAAAGAUCUCAAACUGUACAGUAUGUAAAGAGGUGACGCUUUAUUCUUAUUUAAUACUGCAACUACACUUCUGUUCACUCUAGUGUUUAUUCAUACUCCAAAAGAAGCAGCUGGCUGGAUCUCUAAUCUGUCGAGAGCAAGUCAAGGUCAUACUUCACCUCAAAAUCAAAAGAAAGAUAUAUUAAUAUAUUAUAUAUACAUAUUAGCGUUAAAAUGUUUGAGGUCAGUUGGUUUUUUUAAACAAAUGUAUGCUUUUAUUCAGCGUGGAUGCUUUAAAUUGCAUUUUUGUAAAUGAAUGGUGUACUUUAAUUCUGAAAAGAAAAAAUGCAUAUAUUAAACAACUGUUUUGAGCAUUGAUCAAAUCAGAAAUGUUCUAUUAGACUGAUUUCUGAAGGAUCAUGUGACACUGAAGAAUCAAGGGAAUAAGUUAAAAGAAUAUUAAAACGGAAAGCAGCUGUUUCACAAUAUUACUGCAUUUCUGAUCAAAUACACAUGCAUCCUCGGUGAACAAAAGUGACUUCUUUUAAUUUUUUUUGAUUCGUACCAAUAGAUACCCACCAUUCAUGUUAUUGUAAUGCAAUUAUAAAAAAAAAAAAAAAUGCACACACACACACACACACAAACACACAUAUUGGGGUGAGAUGUGACUGGGACGUUCUUUCAAAAAAAGUCAAGAUUUUUUCAUUGCUAUUAUUAUUACGGUAACACUUUACAAUAAGGUGCUAUUUGUUAACAGUUACACAAUACUAAUACAGUAUUUAUGUUAGUUCAAGUUUAUUUUAGCAAUUUUAACUAUCACUGUUAACUGUAGGUAAUGCACCAUGAACCAACAUGCUGAAAAACGAAAUAGUUAAUUGUAGGCUAAAGCAUUUACUGUUAAUAAAUAGCACCUUAUUGUAAAGCGUUGCCAUUAUUUAAUUUACGAAGCAUCAUUUUCAGGGAUCCGUUUGGUCCGGUAUAAACAAGUGGAAAUCCAUUCCGUGUUCCUUGGAUUUGGUGUUUACAGUUAUAUGUGCAAUCUUCCCGACGUCUGUUUCCAAAACAGCAUGCUUAAACGUAAUCCUGCCGCAUGAUUCAAGGACUGCCAUGCAGGAAAUCAAAGGUUUAAGCGCGAAACCUAUGGACAAGAACAACUGUAUACAGUGUGUGCCAUGGAGUCGGCUUUGGUGCUUCUGCAUCGAGCCACUAUUCCCCCCGAAGACGGCGGUUAUUCAACGACGCCGCAUCGUUCCCUGCGAUCUCCUCUACAGACAGAAAACCGGGGAGGCCCCUCUCACAUCCCGAACCAGUCAACGUUCCUUGUUACCUGACUUUAUGGAUGUAUGUUCAUCUAAUAAUGUGAUAAUGUCUAAAAUACACAUACAGUAUUUUAACAGGUGGUCGAUGGAUUUGCAAAUCAAACCAUAACCAGGAAAGCAGAAGAAGAGAGACUUUGCUACAUGUCUGUAUGUGGUCAACAACAACAAAACCUGUUUGAAGCUUUAUGUAAGUCCGCUUUCGAAACGAACAGUUCGUUUGGUUAUUAUAGUGUCAUAAAUGGAGGCUGUUUGUCUUUCGUUUACGGCUGCAAUUCCCUUUGACACUAAGAUUUGUUAAACAGAUUUCAGAUUUCACUUUUAUUUAUUUUUAGGUACCUUAAACAAUUGUCCGGCUGUAGCUCCAGAAGAUCAUUAGGGUUUAUGUUUCAGAUUUGGAGCGUACGGUGCAUACGAUGCUAAUUUGUUUAAUCAGUGCUGCUUAAUGUAAAGAUCAGAAAUUCUAUAAAUCAUAACGUAAUUGCCUGUUCUUUGUGGCGAUGUCAUGAAUAUCAAUACUUCAUGUAGUCACUUUCACUGUUUCUGUAGCCGAAUGGAAAUCGAAUCAAAACUUUAUUUUAUGUGUGACUGGAGCCCAGUGAAAUUCAUUCUGCUAUUGUAUUUUCACUAGUGAUGUCAAAAUAAUAACUAAAAUGACAUUAAGACUAUUAAUUAUUAUUAAGGCGAGCGCAUGUGUUUGUAUAUUUAGAUUUUAAAACACCAUUAUGGAAAUAAUUGCAAAAAGCUCAAAUUUAAUGUAAAAAUAGCAUUUUUGGAACCAAAUUUAAUAUUUAAAACAAAAAACGUAAUUUAUGAUACGUUACCAGCUUAACCAUUUUUUUUUACUGGGAAACAAAAAACAUUAAUAAGAUUAUUUUUUGCAUUAUCUAACAAAAGUGUCAACACUAUCAGGAGUGUGCAAACAGAUUCUCCUUAAAAGUCUCAUUUUAGCUCAUGGUUAAAUUACGAAAGUCAAAAAGAAAGCCGACGUGUUAAAAUGAAGCUUUUGCUUUAGAUCACAUCUUUUAGUUUGAUGUUCGGAAAGCUAUGUAAUUUAUAUAAAUUUAUAUAGAUAUAAUAUGCUGUAUAAAUUGACUUUUCUUUGCACUGAUAUAUCUGAGUGCGUUGAAGCAGAAAAAAAAUAUAUUAACAAAUGCAUCAUUCGCUAGACUGUGUUGAACUUUAGGUGACAUCUCUUUCACAGGUCAUGAUUCCACGAUGUACAAAAUACAUGUCUGUUUCUGAACGAUCCUGUAUUGUGUUGUUGUUGCACCUGGAGCGAUUUCACUGAAGAAAAGCUGCUAUGGCGAUGCACAGGACACACUGUUGUGUUUGAUCGUGUGGCACUGCUUGAAUAAGCUACUAGAGUCUACAAUCCCUCUGUUCCUGCCAAACAAAUUAAGAUUCAAUAAAAUGAAUUUAAGUCGC